CAUUCUACAUUUGUCGCUACAGUAUUCUGCCUUGAAAUAAGCUUCAUGAAAAGCUUUAUCAAAUUAAGUUGGAUGUUGCAAAAUACAUGUUCUAAAUUACAGACGUGAUGAUUUCUUUGGAAAGGACUUAUCUAAAGCCUUACAGAAAAUUCAUACAUGCUUUUCUGUUCUUAUCUUUUUUCCCAACAUGCUAGUGCUGCAGUCAUAUCUUUGCAAUUUUUAGGGUUUGUUUCUACUUGUUCUUGUUAUUCUUUCUUUUCUUUUCUUUUUUUCUUCUGUUUCCUCUCUUCUUCUCCGCCUGCUGCUGCUGCUCCUCCUCCUGGCUCCUCUCCCUCUUUAUUUACUUAUUUAUUUACUUAUUUAUUUAUUUAUUUUCCCUCCCUCUUCUCCCUCUUUUUUCGAUAGAAAUUUUUGUUUUUUGAGGUGUGGCGCUUGCAAAAUACCAGCUUUCGUUGAAUCCAGCGAACAAAGAUAAAAUUGAACUUCUAGGAGAAUGGCUCAGAUAUUCAAUGCGUCAAAAUAAUUGCGAGCAUUACGAUGGCCGAUUUGCUGAUAUAUGCUCUGCCUUCAUUUUGCAUGCAAUUGCAUUUUUGGAAGUUGUACGCCAGGUGCGCCUCCAAUGUGAAGAGAGAGGAGAUAUGUUGCUACAUGUGUGGCGGCAGAUUUUGCGCGUUUUCACUCAGGUUAUAAUUCGAGUUGAACCAAAGCUACUGGCAGCUCUUGAGGAAACUUCUCAUCUGAAAGAAAUCAUUCAAUCUGAUAGAAAAAAAAUAAAUCAAAUAUCUGAUGAGCUAGCAUUGACCACCCAUAAUCUAGAGGUUACUCAGGCGCAGCUUAGGGAAAAGGAGGUCCAAUGGACUCAGUUAAAACGAUGCCGUUUCUGUGCUGGAGGAGACGACCAGGGUCGAGAUUCUCGUGGUCGAAAAGGAAAACAUGGAUCCGGAAUUGAAGGGAAGCAUGGAGUUGGUGCUAGUGGAGAGUCUGCGGUGGGAGACGAUGGAAGCUUUGGCUUUGAGAAAUCUCAUCAAAGGGGAGAUGAGGACGCCGAAGGUAGCGGUCCUGGAGGAGGGGCAGAAACUGGGGAUGCCAAACCUAGAGGAGAGCAUGGUGGGACUGUUUCUGCCGGUCCUGGUGAUCAAGGCAAUGCUGGGGGCUCUAUUGAAGGUGUAGGUAAACGAGAAGACCUGAAUGCAAACAAACACGGUAAGAUAUCGGAAGGUUACCUUCACCCUGAUGGACUGCGUGCGAAUGUGGGAGUACAAACAGAUCCAGAAAAGACAGGAAGGAGCCUCUUCUUCAACAUUCUGAAAAGACCAGUGUCAGCUCCGGCAAAGAUGGUGACGGCUAUCAUGGAAGAGUUUGCAUUGGCAGGCGGGAUGGUAAAGAGGGAUCGAGCUGAUGGAGAAGAAGAGCAAGAUAAGAAGGAGCCUGAGGUGAUAGGUUUGUCAGCUGCAGACAUGGCUAUGUUAGAAGCUACUGACGACAUGGCUGAAGAAGUCGAGGUUCAGACCAUUGACAAGAAAGCUCUUAAGAGUCUAGCAAUGGACAGCAUUAACGUACUAGAGCACGUUCCUGAUGAUCAAUUGGAAGAAAAGAUGACUCAGACGCUCUUUAACUUGCUUGGAAGAUUUCGCAAUUUGAAACUCAGUACUGGGCCUGAUGAGGUGGAUGACGAAGACGAAGGUGAAGGUGGAAGUGGGACGAAGAAGUCUAGGUGGGGAAAGCUACAGCGUGGGUUUGAAGAAAAGAAAAAAAAUACUAAAAAUUUUGUAGCUGUUGUUCAAGAGCUGCUAGCACGGCAAAAGAAGCCACCAGCCAAAAUGACGAAGCCAAAGGACUUACCUAACAUACCACUUGCGUUUUCCAAGAUGAUGAAAGUCAAUCCACCUCCAAAAAUUGUCAAGCUGUUCAAUGAACAUCAGGUGGUCAAGCUUGUGGAUGCAGUUUAUCAAAAGAAGAUUGAAGCUGAUGCUGUUGAUGACCUUCAAGGAAAUGAACGGCAGACAGCUUGCGAAUUUCUAUACGACUUCAUGCUCAAUUCUUACGGUCUUAAAGGACUAGCAGAAUCAGCUGUGCACGGAGUCUUCAGGAGGAUCAAGCAGAUGAUGGUCAAAGGCAUAGACAAGUGCCACAAGUUGCGACUCUUCCAACAAUUUUGUGGCUUUGAUCCACUUCGAGGGUAUGGGGAACCUGACUUUUAUCUCUACCUCAGGUGCCUAGCCAGGGCACAAAGCAAAGUGGGUGUUCUUUUCCCAAGUGACAAUGAACAAGACACUGUCAUGAACACCAAUCCUAAUCAGGCGGAUAUUCUAUUAGAAGAACCCGCACUGCUUGCACAAUUUAAAGAUGAUAAGGAUGUCGCAUUAGAUUUUAUUGAGCAAUUCUCGGCAGCUAAUGGAUCCGUUGAAAAAGUUUCAAAUGAGGUGCAAAAGUUGGUGAAAGCACCCACUGUUAGAAAAGUUGACUUUGAUUUGCUGAUGGAGGCCAUCAUCGAAGUAGCACCACACAAAGCUGAUUUCAAGAUGCCACCCAAAAAGAAAGCUGCUACAAAGGCUGCACCAGCGAUAACCAAAGAAGAAAGCACCUCACUCGAGACACUUUUCAAAGCUGGUGAUGCAAACCAAGAUGGUGUUUUGACUUUCAACGAGUUUCGCGAGAUUAUUGAGUCCGCUGAUUCAUCGGUCUCGGAGAAACAGGCUUUGCGUAUGUUCAGAGAGACAUUGCAGGUCAUGUCUGGUGAGGGAGACAGUAUUUCUCCGGCUGCAUUUGCAACUGUUGCUUAUUCGAAUGGCAUACGAGCAACACCUGCUGUGAUCUUUGAACUUCUCAAGAAAACCUGGUUACAAAAGAUCCAAGAUGAUGUGAAUGAGGAAAAGUUUGCCGAUGAUGUCAAAGAGAAGGAUUAUGAGGACAUGCGAACAGAAUUAGAAGCCAUGCUGAAAGAGAAGGAUCCGGGUGAAGUCUUCAAAACUGUGCAGAUAUUCUCAGACUUCGUGAUCAGGUUCUGUGGCCCCAUGCACGCGGCUGCAGCCACAGAAGAACCUGCGGCUACAGAAGAAGCUGCAGCCGCAGAAGAACGGGCCGAUUCGGAUGAAGUUAAGGAAGAGAGGGAAAUCACCGAUUGACAGGUGCAGGUCUCAGGCUUGAUCAGUAGUUUCAUUUGAGACCUAUUAUGAGAGUUCUUUGUCUUGCUCUCCCCGGUUUCUGAUCUCAUAGCGAGUUAAUGAUUUAUUUCUGCCCUAUUUCUUCAGGAACGUAAUCGCACCUUCAAGAAAUUAAUCUCCCCAGAUCUGCUUCACUCGUUCUGUUCAGAUAACUGUCUUGCACCUAUCAACACCUCAUGUGUUACUGCGACGCGGUCAGAAAAUAGACCACAGUUGAGCUUUAUGAAUAAGGAACUCUAGUUUAGUAUUUGAAACACAAUCUGGGUCCCAAAACAGCUCAUACAUCAGUUUUGUUUUAUGUUCUUCACCGUUGCUGAAUAAUUUGUAUACGAAGUACGAGUAUACUAUAGUGCGCAACUUAACUGAACAUUGUGUCCUCCUGGCACAAUAUCUCACUCCUAUCAGUCAAACACAUAUAACGUCGGAAUACCUUAAACCAA